UAAGUGCUAACUUUAGACAUUGUUUAAAAUUGAGUGCCGUUUAUAAGAACGUCUAAAAUGAGUGCCAUAUCUUCAGAUACACGAGACGGAGCCCGUUCCGUAGCUCCCAGCCGCCCGAGGCCUGCUGCACGCCAGUAUACGGAAGAAAUUAUAGUCUGCAACCCGCUGAAAUCACUAAAGGAGGUCUCAGAGUUUUUGAACAACCCCCCGGUGUGGAGAUCGCUUUGUAUAGAGUUGCGACCGCAUAGUGAUACGGUCAUCCGAAAUUUGGAUAUUGUAUGGCAAAAUCAGGGUUCAGAUCAUGAGGUAGUGCUGGAGCGACCAGAGCCGUUCUGCCACUUUGACCUGGACAAGCAGGAUGUUAAGAGACACAGGAGGAAAAACUUGCCCAAGACUUUGGUGUGUCAUGACAUGGCCAAUGGAUAUCAUGACGACUGCAACAUUGAUGGGACGGGUAACUAUGAGGCGUACACAUUCUACAACUGGGCGGCGGUGGACAUAUUCUGCUACUUCAGCCACCAUUUCGUGACGGUGCCGCCGCUGGGCUGGAUCAACGUGGGGCAUGCUCAUGGAGUCAAAGUUAUUGGCACAGUUAUAACGGAGUGGGGCGACGGUGCUGACAUCUGGGAGGAGCUGUUGUCGGACCCGGGGGCGUGGAAGGGCUUCGCCAGCAACCUGGUCGCCGUCGCCAAAACGCUCAAGUUCGAUGGGUACCUGCUCAAUGUGGAAAACAAGAUAACGAAACCGGCAGAGCUGGUGGAGUUUGUGCGCUACCUGCAUGUGUUGCUGCACAGUGAGAUACCGGACUCGGUGCUCAUCUGGUACGACUCGGUCACCGUGGCCGGGGAACUGGCCUGGCAGAACACCCUUAAUGAUAACAACAAAGCAUUCUUCGAGGCGUGCGACGGCAUAUUCACCAACUACUCGUGGGGCGAGCGACACGUGAGCGACGCGCGCGCGGCGGCCGGCGAGCGACACCGCGACGUGUUUGUCGGCGUCGACGUGUGGGGCCGGAAUUUUCUAGGUGGGGGGCAAUUUAACACGCAGGAGGCAGUAAAGAUAGCCCAUAAAUACGAUCUAUCCUUGGCCAUAUUCGCCCCCGCCUGGACCCACGAGGCCCUGGACCCCAUCGCCUGCUGGUUCCGAACCUACACCCUGAGAGAGCGAGCGUUUUGGACCAGCGUGUGGCCGUUCCUGAACACCAAGCUGCCUACAACACUGCCUUUUACUACCUCCUUCUGCACUGGAUUGGGUAGAAAGAGGCGAUUGUAUGGAGAGGUACUAGGCCCAGUGCCAUGGUACAACCUGCGCCACCAGCAGUACCAGCCCAACGCUACCCUCGGCCCCCACGGCUACUCACUCACCCCCCUACCUCCCCCUACAACCCCCCCUACAACCCCCCCUACCGACCCAAAACCUAAACCCCCCAAAAGAUACCAACUCCAAAGCACAGAAGACGAAUCUUGUAUCGAACUAUUUCUAGAAGACAGUUUCACGGGGGGCGGUUGUCUUUUAAUAAACCCACUUAAACUUAUACGUUUAUUUCACUGCGAUUUUAAUAUUGAAGAUACGUUAAUAGCUUGUGUGGUUACGAAAACUUUGCCUGAACAUGCGGAUGCAUUUCUAAAUAUAGUUUUGACGGUAAAAGAUCAGGAUUGGAAUGAAUCUAGGUUGGUUUUAGCUGGGAUGAGGGAUUGGGAGCAUGGGAUUGAUAAUGCUGUGACAGUGUCGGCUGUUAGUGGAGAGGGGUUUAAGGUGUUGCAGAGGUACUUGCUGCUGAACCAACCCGGGUUCUAUGUGUCGGUGGAAAACGCUUACGGAUGGAAAGUCAGGUACUACAGCAUCCCCCUGACGGGGCGGCGCGUGGCGUCCGUGAGCUGCCGGGGCGGCGCGCGCGCACACGGACCUAUACUACUGGGACACUUCGCUCUGUGCCAUAAAUCCAACAAUACCGACUGA